AUGGCUGGGCAAUUUGAGCGCCAUCCAUUCCUCUUAACUGCCCAAGAUGUUGCCAAGGAACUCGAGACAGACCUUGAAAGAGGCUUGUCCUCUGCCAAAGUCACGCAGCUACAGGAGAAGUAUCCCCCUAAUGAGUUAGAUGUCGGCGGAGCUAUUCCCGGGUAUAAAAUCUUCCUUAAGCAACUAUUCAAUGCUAUGAUAUUGAUUUUAUUCCUUGCUAUGGGACUAAGCUUUGGCAUGAGCGAUUGGGUUGAGGGUGGCGUCCUCCUUGCCGUUAUUGUACUUAAUGUUUCGAUUGGGUUCUACCAGGAGUAUGGUGCAGAAAAGAAGUUAGAUGCUCUUAGAGCACUUUCCGCUCCUAGUGCUAUGGUACUUCGUGAUGGUAGGACUCGAGUAAUUCCUAAUGCUGAAGUGGUACCUGGCGAUAUUGUCAUUCUGAAAAUGGGUGACACAGUCCCUGCCGACAUCCGUCUUUUUGAAGCCAUGAAUCUGGCCGCCGACGAACAAUCUCUUACUGGAGAGUCAGUUCCCGUUGAGAAGAUAGUCGAACACCUGGAAGAUGACGACCUCGGCAUUGGCGACCGGAUAAACAUUGCCUACGGAACAACAACUAUUCGAAAGGGACGUGGUAGGGGUGUUGUUAUCUCUACUGGUAUGCAGACCGAGGUUGGCAAGAUUGCUGCUUCGACUGCAAAGAAACAUCGCAAAGCCGGUCGCUCUAUGAACUAUAAGAAGUACGGAAAGCGACAGCCGAUUAUUGGUCUUUUUAGGCGCAUAUACGAUUUCAUUGGCAAGUUCCUCGGACUGACUGAAGGCACGCCGCUUCAGAUCAAGCUAGCAAAAUUGGCCUAUGUACUUUUCGGCUGUGCUCUAUUACUUGCCGUCAUCGUAUUCGCCGUCAAUAAGUUUUCUGUUGACCGGGAAGUUGUCAUUUAUGCUAUAAGUACUGGUAUUGCCAUCAUACCUGAAUCUCUUGUUGCAGUCUUGACUAUUACUAUGGUUGUUGCUGUUACUGUUAUGCGUAAGACCAAUGUAGUAGUCCGAAACUUGUCCGCUCUAGAAGCUCUUGGUGGUGUUACCAAUAUCUGCUCUGACAAAACAGGCACCUUGACUCAAGGGGCAAUGAUAGUGCGGAAAGUAUGGAUUCCCUCCAAAGCAAUUUAUACCGUUGAAGACUCCAAGCAUCCAAGUAACCCAUCUGAGGGGAGAGUCACGUUCUCAGAGGUUGAUGACCAAGACCAAGAGCCUGAAAAAAGAGACUUUGACCAGGAACGUAGCGCGGCAGUUCUUAAGUUUGACGUCCCAGACGAGAAGCUCAAUCCUCCUAGACAGAAGAAGGAAGACGAGAAAGAGGCCACUAUGAACCCUAAACUAGAGGCCUUCCUUCUUUCUGCAGCGCUUUGUAACCUUGCUACAGUUAGGCACGAACCAGAGCCUAGCGAUGGUCGUCCCGAAUGGCAAGUUACUGGCGAACCGACCGAGAUUGCCUUACAAGUAUUUUCAUAUCGUUUUCAGAAAGGGAAGAAGAUCAUGGAGGCAGAAGGCUGGAAGCAAGUUGCCGAAUUUCCCUUUGACAGUGGUAUAAAGCGUAUGUCUGUUGUCUACAAUGGUCCAAACCUUGAUCAUAGUAUGGUAUUCACCAAGGGCGCCGUCGAGCGAGUCAUUGACCUUUGCUCUACCGUCGGUACCGAAGACUCCCAAGAGCCAAUGACUGAGGAGUACAAGGAGCGAAUUCUAAAACAGAUGGACGUCUUUGCUAGCCAAGGGCAGCGUGUUCUAGCCAUCGCUUCUCGACCGUGGGAAGGGAAAUAUCAGGAAAAGACUACAGCUGAAAAUAACGAAGGGGACGACCCUCUGCGGAAGCAAGUGGAGAGUGGCCUUACACUCUUGGGACUCGCGGGGAUUUAUGACCCGCCACGGAAAGAGACGACACCGGCGAUCGCCGAAUGUUCUACUGCUGGUAUCAAGGUACACAUGCUGACGGGCGACCAUCCUGCUACGGCCGAAGCGAUUGCCAAGGAAGUAGGUAUUAUUCCCAGAAAUCUAGGUGUUCUUAGCCAUGAAAUCGCCAGUGCGAUUGUGCAGAAGGCAAGUGACUUUGAUAAGCUUUCUGAUGACGAGAUCGAUGCUUUACCGGAAUUACCACUUGUUCUUGCACGUUGUGCUCCGGACACGAAGACCCGUAUGAUAGAAGCUCUCCGCCGCCGAUCUGCUUAUAUGGCUAUGACUGGCGACGGUGUCAAUGAUGCUCCGUCGCUAUCCCGAGCUGAUGUCGGUAUCGCAAUGGGCUCGGGGUCUGAUGUAGCCAAGUCUGCAGCUAAAAUCGUGCUGACUGACGAUAAAUUCAAUUCCAUCGUUGCUGCCAUCCGCGAGGGUCGUCGAAUGUUCGACAACAUCCAGAAAUUCAUCCUGCAUCUACUUACCUCGAACGUGGGAGAAGUUAUUCUUUUGAUAUGCGGCCUUGGAUUUCAGGACGAAACAGGCCUUUCGGUGUUCCCCAUCUCGCCUCUCGAAAUUCUUUGGAUCAAUAUGGUAACUUCAUCGUUCCCCGCCUUCGGCCUCGGUCGUGAGCCUGCCUCUCGUGAAGUGAUGCGUAAACCUCCGCACGAUAGGAAGCGAGGCGUAUUCACGAACCAGAUCCUGGUCGAUAUGCUUGUUUACGGACUGCUAAUGGGCACCUUAUCACUUAUGUCAUUUGUCAUCGUCAUCUACGGGGUGAACGGUGGGCAGCUAGGCGUAAAUUGCAAUAGGGAGUAUGGCCCUGACGGACUUUGCGAGCCUGUGUUCCGGGCGCGAGCCACGGUGUUCGCGGAGCUGACGUGGCUGAUCCUUAUUAGCGCCUGGGAGUUUAAGGACAUUCGCCGGUCUAUGUUCCGUCUCAACCCAGAUGACAGCUCCAAGUUCCCGCUAUUCAAGGACGUCUACGAGAAUAAGUUCUUGUUCUGGGCCGUGGUACUAGGCGCUAUUAGCGUGUUUCCUGUUGUAUACAUUCCUACAAUAAAUACCAACGUCUUCAAGCACAUUGGUAUCAGUUGGGAAUGGAGUCUUGUUGUCGUCGCGACCAUUAUAUUCGUUGCUGGUGUGGAACUCUGGAAGUUGGCUAAGCGUCACUUCAGAUUACUCGAAGAUGCUGCUGUCGUAAGAGGUGCGUUCUCUCAAGGUAGCGAGGAAGGUAGCCGCAAGUUCCACCACACGUUCAGCUUCAGCAGUUUAAAGAGCUGGCGAAGUAUUGGGCAAACCCAUACUACUGAUACCCGGGCUAGUACGAAGGAGAGGAAGGACACGAGUCCCGUAUAA